CAUGAAGGUGGCAAUUAUUCUGCUUUGCGCGUUUGCAGCGGUUCAGGGACGCAGUGUCCAACCGUUCGAAGAAGUCAGCUCAGUUCCAUGGCUGGUGCACCUGCGUGUCGCCAAGCAGGCUGACCGCGGGUUCUUGGGAUCUUGCGUCGGCGCUGUUUACAACGAGCGUUGGAUUGUUUCUUCGGCUAGCUGCUUGAGACUUUCCCGUUUCGUAUGGGUCCGUUUCAACGCCCCCAACGUGUACCAACCAGAGCUGGUGAUCGAGUCUAACAGGAUCCACGUGCACCCUGAAUAUAACCUAGCUACUGGCGAAAAUGACAUCGCCCUCCUGGACUUGAACAGGGAUGUGGUACUCUCAGACACCAUCAAGCAAAUCAGUUUAGCCGCUAGUGACGCCGAGGUGCCAUCAUCUGGCAAGGUCUGCGGCUACGGACAAUUGGAAAACGGCAAUGCCGGUGAACAACUGCAGUGUGUCGAUGUUGCGUUGGAAGAGUCUGAUGAUGGUCUUCUCAUCGGAUCUUCUGAGAACAAGGCCAGCCAGUACGACCUUGGAGCAGCUCUCGUUGCUGACGACCAACUGUUCGGAGUGCUGGUUCGUGCCGGUAACGAAGAAAAUGAUGGAGCUUUCCUCAAGAUCGCAUCAUACGUAGACUGGAUUGUAUCAGUGACCACCCCCGCAGAGAGCUUUGACCAAAAUGAGAUCCAGGUGGCUGAGCCAGUGGAAAUUACUGAAGAAAUUCAAGUAGCUGACCCCGUUCAAGUAGCUGAAGGUAUCCAGAUGGCUGACGCUGCCGAGGUGGCUGAUGCUGUCCAGGUGGCUGAUACUGUCCAGGUGGCUGAUGCUGUCCAGGUGGCUGACGCUGUCCAGGUCGCCGACCCGAUGGAAGUCUUCAUCAUGCCUGAACCAGUGCAAGUUGCUGAUAUAGUUUUCUACUAAUUGUAUGAUUUUUAAUAAAGUAUUU